GGCAACAUUUGUACUUUUAGAAGAACCUGUGAUUGAUGAAAUAGUGAUUGAAGAAUAUAAUGACGAAAGAAGAAACCAAUUAGUAGACAUCAGAAAUAAAUACAAUGAAGAACACAUACCUGGUAUUCAAAUAGCGGAUAAAGAUCUGAAAGGUUACAGGCGCAAAUUCGAUUGA